GCGCGGGGCCCGGGGCUGGAGGCCGGCCAGCGCCCCCUCCCUAGCAUGCGGACGAAGGCUGCGGGCGGCGCGGAGCGGCGUCCCUUGCAGCUGCGAACCGAGGCGGCGGCGGCGGCGGCGGCACCUGCCGGCCGAGCAAUGCCCAGUGAGUAUAACUAUGUAAAACUGAGAAGCGAUCGCUCAAGACCCUCUCUGCAAUGGUACACCCGAGCUCAAAACAAGAUGAGAAGACCCAACUUGUUGUUAAAAGACAUCCUUAAGUGUACAUUGCUUGUGUUUGGAGUGUGGAUCCUUUAUAUUCUCAAGUUAAAUUAUACUACUGAAGAAUGUGACAUGAAAAAAAUGCAUUAUGUGGACCCAGACCGUGUAAAGAGAGCUCAGAAAUAUGCUCAGCAAGUCUUGCAAAAGGAGUGCCGACCCAAGUUUGCGAAGAAGUCGAUGGCGCAGUUGUUCGAGCACAGGUACAGCACGGACUUGCCACCUUUCGUGAAGGAGACCCCCAAAAUGAAUGAAGCCGAGUACAAGUAUGAUCCUCCUUUUGGAUUCCGAAAGUUCUCCAGUGAAGUCCAGACCCUGUUGGAAAUACUGCCCGAGCAUGACAUGCCCGAACACUUGAGAGCAAAGAGCUGUAGGCGUUGUGUGGUCAUCGGAAGCGGUGGCAUACUCCACGGACUAGCACUGGGCCAGGCCCUCAACCAGUUCGAUGUGGUGAUAAGGUUAAACAGUGCACCAGUUGAGGGAUAUUCUGAGCAUGUUGGUAAUAAAACUACUAUAAGGAUGACUUAUCCAGAGGGCGCGCCACUGUCUGACCUUGAAUAUUAUUCCAAUGACUUGUUUGUUGCUGUUUUAUUCAAGAGUGUUGACUUCAACUGGCUUCAAGCAAUGGUAAAAAAUGAAACCCUGCCAUUUUGGGUGCGGCUCUUCUUUUGGAAGCAGGUGGCGGAAAAAAUCCCACUACAGCCAAAACAUUUCAGGAUUUUGAAUCCAGUUAUUAUCAAAGAGACCGCCUUUGACAUCCUUCAAUACUCAGAGCCCCAGUCAAGGUUCUGGGGCCGAGAUAAGAACGUGCCCACCAUUGGUGUCAUUGCCGUUGUCUUAGCCACACAUCUGUGUGAUGAAGUCAGCUUGGCAGGCUUUGGAUAUGACCUCAAUCAACCCAAAACACCUUUGCACUACUUUGACAAUCUCUGCAUGGCUGCCAUGAACUUUCAAACCAUGCAUAAUGUGACAACGGAGACCAGGUUCCUCCUCAAGCUGGUCAAAGAGGGCGUGGUGAAGGAUCUCAGCGGAGGCAUCCAUUGUGAAUUUUGAACACAGGGAAACCUCAUGUGACAAUGCAACUCUGACUCUGAAGGCUGUUUUUCGUAGCCUUCUCGAUGCAGCGCAUCCUGCAAAAUACUUAGAGGUGCAGCUGGGGUUUUUAACUUUUAAUUUAAAAAACAACAGUUUCGCUCUUCCCACUUUGUCCCCCCCUAUUUAUUUGAGGUUGGUGUUUUUGCACAAAAUUUUGUAAGGUAAUUUUGAGAAUUGAAUUGGAAAGACUUUUCCAAGAGACUUCUAUGUAAUGAUGUUUUAUUGUAUUUUAAGAAGAUUAUUUAAUUUGUAAAAACUCUGUCCACGUCUACUGCACAUAGAAUAUCAGGUAAUUAAGUGGAAGGAGAAUGGAGGUCACUCCUUUGAUGAGAGCCCUGAAUGCCUGAUUCUGAUUCCUUGUGACUGUUUGGUGGGACACAUGCCGGGGGCACUUCCAGGAUGACGUGCUCAGGAGCUAAACCACGGGUACUGAUUUAGCCGUGCUGCUGCGCGAGGCCUGGGCUGAUCGGAGAAGUUCACAGCCCCUCUCUGUGGGUCUGUCUUCUGCCAGAAGACUUGCAACAAUCAACAAGGGGGGAGCUGUCCCGGGUGUCCCUGUUUGGGAAGGGGCACAGAAGACAUUUUCUGUGUCCUCUGAGUAUACAAAGCCAGCUUGGGCUGCAGAAGCCACUGUCUUCCCUGAAAUUGUGACAACUCUUGAAUUUCUUGAGUGUUUUUUUACUGCCCUUCCAAAAGCACAUAAAUGUUAAUCUGAAGUGUUCCACUGCCUGCCUGAGGUGGCUUAUAAAAAUUAGGACACAAUCUUUGUUACCAGAGUUGUAGCAAAGUAAACCCUUUCCAAGCAUAGUCACAUUUUCUGAAACACUGAAAUAAAAUCUUCCUGGUGUUAUAAA